GCAAAUAAACCCUACUUCCCAAAGCGACCCCUUAUCAUCAUCAUCAGCAGCAAGCAACAAUGCCAGCCACACCCGAUCCCCGGAUCCAAGCAUAUCUAGAGGCCAAUAAGUAACCAACCUCUCGUCUCCCCUUCCCUCAUUCGAUUCAUGUCCCCUCCCUCCCAUAUAAAAAAAAAAGCAGCGCAGCAAAACUAACCCUCAACCGCGGCGACCUCGUUUCAGGAAAUGGGCCGGUGACGCAAACUACAAGUCCCCGAUUAGGUUUCUGGAUAUGCAGAAGAGAGGAAGAGAGAGGUCGGAUGGGACGGUGAUUGUAGUCGCGUGUACGGAUCCUAGGGUAACACCUGAGGAGUUCUUGGGGAUGGGUGAUGGUGCGAAAGCAACGGUAGUCCGUACAACAGGUGGUCGAGUGCGACCCGCUCUGAGCUCAUUAUAUGUCCUCACGGCGGUUGGAGGUGAAGGUAAGAAGGGCCUGAUUAUGGUUAUUCAUCAUACCGAUUGUGGAUUGUGCCAUGUGACGGAAGAGCAGAUCAAGGAGAGUUUGAAGAAGAGAGCCAGUGGCCCGGAGGAAGCGCACGAUAUAGAUGGGAUGGUGUUUGGGGCGAUUGCUGAUCCGGAAGAGACGGUGAAGGAGGAUGUGGCACUUCUGAGAGAGAGCUCGUUCUUCAAGGGAAUGCAGGUUGUUGGGUUGGUGCAGGACACCGAGACGGGACUUCUGAGAGAAUGUGUUGGUAUAGAAUAGCUGGUCAGGUAUUGAUGGAUGGAAUGAAAUGGUAUUCAAAAUCCGAGCUGCAUGAGUAAUCUAUCCUUUG